AUGAAGUUCAAAACAAAAAAAAGAAAUAUGCAAGUACUAUUAAAAAAACUUAAAAUGAAAUUAUUAAUAAUUUCAUCAAUGAUGAUUCAGAUGAAGAUUAUAAACCUUAACAAUUAAAAAAUGUAGAAAAAGAUUAAGAAGUAACAUUGCCAAAGAUUAAUCUAAUAAUCUUAUAAAUGA